UACCAAGUGUUAUCUAAACGUAAACUUCUGUUAAGCUAAUCAGUAUGCAAAAUACAAAAUGUUGCUGUUAUUUCUUCCUUAGGACUACACCCUGACCAUGUACUUCCAGCAGUCCUGGAGGGAUAAAAGACUCUCUUACUCUGGAAUACCUUUGAACCUAACUCUGGACAACAGAGUGGCUGACCAACUCUGGGUGCCAGACACGUAUUUCCAAAACGACAAGAAGUCAUUUGUCCAUGGGGUGACAGUGAAAAACCGAAUGAUUCGACUCCAUCCAGAUGGGACAGUCCUUUAUGGCCUACGGAUCACAACAACAGCUGCUUGCAUGAUGGAUCUACGCAGAUAUCCUCUGGAUGAACAAAACUGCACACUAGAAAUCGAAAGCUAUGGAUACACUACUGAUGAUAUUGAAUUUUACUGGAAUGGAGGAGAGUCAGCAGUAACAGGAGUUGAUAACCUUGAACUCCCACAAUUUUCUAUCGUUGAUUACAAGAUGGUGUCAAAGAGAGUGGAAUUUACAACAGGAGCAUAUCCUCGAUUAUCACUGAGCUUCCGGCUUAAAAGGAAUAUUGGAUACUUCAUUUUGCAAACCUAUAUGCCUUCCACACUCAUUACAAUUCUGUCGUGGGUAUCUUUUUGGAUCAAUUAUGAUGCCUCUGCAGCCAGAGUUGCCCUAGGAAUCACAACUGUGCUGACCAUGACCACCAUCAGCACCCACCUCAGGGAGACCUUGCCAAAGAUUCCCUACGUAAAGGCAAUAGAUAUUUACCUGAUGGGAUGCUUUGUGUUUGUGUUCCUGGCCUUGCUGGAAUAUGCCUUUGUAAACUACAUAUUCUUUGGGAAAGGACCCCAAUGUCAAAAAAACGCAGGAAGGAGACCAGGACAUGCUUCAAGAAAGAAGAGCAGACUGGAAACAAAUAGAGGCCAGGUUGAUCCCCAUGGAAGCAUGCUUCUUAACCCACUUGAAAUACGAAAUGACAUCAGCUGCUCAGAUGUGUCCAUGAGCCUCCGUAACAUCCGCGCCACCACGUACACAUACAACAGUGCCAACCUGCAGUACAGAAGAGCCACUUCCAGCAGAGACCUCUACAGUAGGAGUGCUCUGGAUAGACACAGGCUUCAUAAGAAAGGACACUUAAGAAGGAGGGCAUCCCAGAUCAAAGUAAAAAUCCCUGAUUUGACUGAUGUUAACUUGAUAGACAAGUGGUCCAGAAUGGUCUUUCCCAUCACAUUUAUUCUUUUCAAUGUUGUUUACUGGCUGUAUUACGUACACUAAUUUAUGCAAUAACAUUACUACAGACUACAUAAUUAGACUUGUCAGACUUGUUACUUUUCUUUCUCAACGUUAUUAACUGAAGAACUGCAGUAGCCAUAAUGUUACAUGCUCAAGGUAAGACCCAGCUAUUGAAUAGUGGAUUUAAGCUUUAAAAAACAAAACAAAACAAAAACAACCCACAACCCAAAUCCAGCCAUCCAGCCUCAUCACAUUCAGAAUAGUAUACAUCUGUUCUUAAAGAGCAUCUUCAGCCAAAGUACUAUACCUUGAUGUUUACAAAGUGACUGCACAUCACCUUUGAUCUUUCUGUACCCACUUUCAUCUAUUUAAGUGGAUUAAAAAUUAGUCCUACUAUAUUUCUUAACACAUAUUGGCAGCCCACAGCAGCAUGCUUCCAAAAAACAGUAAAGCAACUCAAAGAAGUAGUUAUGUCACAGUCCUUCAGCAUUUAGUGUACAGAAAUUUGAGGAAAUAACUGUUGGAAGAAUUAUAACUGUUAUAUAAUGCAUCAUUUCAAAGUUAAUAGUUACACUGGGAAGAAUUUCCAUAGCAUCUGAGAAGUACCACUCAAGGAGUUAGUAUUUUCAGAGAGGUGGGGAUCUACAAAAAGAAAGAAAGAGUAGCAGAGACAAAUCUCACAGUUUCCAACUAAGGAAUCAGCUGAUUGGAUCUAAGUGGAAUUUUGUUAUUUCCACAAAGUAGCUGAGUUGAAAUUUAUGAGAACAAUUGUGCCAUCUGUAAUUUUGUAUUAAAAAGUAAAUACCAAAUGUGUUCAUUCCUAGAAGCAACUACUGAGGGAUACCACAGGCCAAGAGUGGCCACUUUUCCUGCAGCUGGCAACUGCAACACAUUCUCCCAAAAGUUGGCAGAUGUCUGGGAACAGACCUGAGAUUUGUGCAUACCCUUUCCUACAGAUUUCCUUACAUUCCUGAGAAACAAAGAGGUAUGGCUGAGCCUUACAGCAUGCUGGUGAUGCUUAGUGCACUGCUGUUGUGGAGCUGCCUCUCCCAACCCAACUGCUUAUCACUUGACAACUCCAGCCAAGGAGCCACAGGGAAAGUAUUAGCAAAGUCCAUGCAACUGAGAAUCAAUAGGUCAAUCACCUCCUACCUGUAUCAAAUCCCUGUCUCUAUUGCCAGGUUUUUCCUAAUAGAGUUCACAGUAUGUUCCCUAACAUAGCAUUUUAUUGAAGCAUAACUAUUAACAGUUAGAUUUUGUUUUGUAUUGAAAGUGUUUCAUACUUUUAG